AUGAUCCAGGCCGCCGGCCCGACCAACCCGGAGUCCGAGGGCAUCUGGUCCGACUCGUACACGGGCGCCAAGGGCUACCCGCAGGCCGGCAGCCCGCUGUACGGGCGCGACUUCUUCUCGCUCCUGUCGGGCGUCAUGCAGCCGCUCUCGGUGGGCAGCGUGCACCUGCGGCCGGGCGAGCCGUCCCCGACCCGGCCUGCCAUCGACCCCCGCUACCUGAGCGCGCGCUACGACCUGGCCGCCGUCGUCGAGGGCUCACGGUUCAUGAGGCGCGUGGCCGGCACCCAGCCGCUCCGGUCGGGCGUCGUGGCCGAGGCCGAGCCCGGGCUCGACCUGCUGGGGCCCGACGCCACCGACGCCCAGUGGGAGGCCUGGGCCAGGCAGACCAUGUCGACCAUCUUCCACCCGGCCGGCAGCUGCGCCAUGCUGCCGAGGCGGGACGGUGGCGUCGUCGACCCGGCGCUGAGGGUGUACGGCACCGCGAACCUGCGUGUCGUCGACGCGAGCGUCAUGCCGCUGCUCGUGUCUGGCCACAUCCAGUCGGCCGUCUACGGCAUCGCCGAGAGGGCCGCCGAGAUCAUCAUCAAGGAUUCUGGGAAGAAAGGAAAUAUCUAG